AUGGCUUUUGGAUAACUUGAAACUUGAAACUUGAAACUUGAAACUGAAUCCGAUUCCUUAACCUUAUUCUCAAACUAGACAUUCCAAUCUCCUUCUUUAGUCAAGAAUCCCUCCUCUUGUCUCUUUCCUCUUUCUUCAGAAGACUCUUUUCUGAAAGUCCAUCUUCCAAACAGAAUUAUUAGCACUUUCUAUUUCUGUCAUGACACCAAAAAAUCCACAUUUCUUAUCUGUUCAAAUCAGCCAAAGUGGGUGAGAAUACUUAAACCCGUGAACGAAUUUCACCUUCUUCCAACAACACCUAAACAAGUUCCAACUUUUCUUGAAUAUUUUCGAGCUUUUGAUCAUAUACCCACAUAGAGAAUAUCCAUAAACUUACACUCAAUCCUUAUUUCUUGUUUGAAUAAACCGAAUGUCUCUUGUUCAUUGCACCUGCAUUUCUCACCUUCAUCAAGAACGGUAAAAAGAUCAUAGUAUUUUUCUUGAAAAGUUUCGAUCUUUCUGAACAUGGGUAUAUGAUUGUUUUUUAUUCCUUGAGCUUUUUAUUAUAUACCCAUGUCGAACUAGCAUUUUAGACACCACACCGAUUGCCAUUUUACCCUUUUUUAUGUGUUUGAAUGUUCUUGAUUCUUUGAGCUUUUGAUCGUAUACCCAAAUGGAGAAGGGCCACAAGCUUAUUCUUAUUGCGACUUCAUCAAUUUCGUUGGUUGUGUUCAUUUUCCUGGGUUUGAUUUGUGUCUGUAGAAGAAAAGGGUCCAGAAAUGAUGAAUCUCGGGACACAGAAUCAAGCUUUGAAAGUAGUACAGAAAUGGAAAUAAAUGGGAAUUUAAUAAGGUUUAAUGGUGGUGAAGAUCUGACUUGUGCUGAUAUACUCGAUGCCCCUGGUGAAGUUAUUGGGAAAUCAAAAUACGGGACUUUGUACAAAGCUAAUUUGGCAACGAAUAAUUCAAUCGUAUGUUUGAGAUUCUUGAGACCAACUUGUACAGAAAAGGUACAAGAUUUGAUGCCUAUGGUACAACUUAUGGGCUCAAUUCAGCAUCCUAAUUUAGUUCCUCUUUGUGGGUUCUAUUCUGGGCGUAGAGGUGAAAAGCUUCUUGUUCAUCCCUUUUACGAAAUGGGAAAUUUGGCUCAAUUCAUCAAAGAUGGAAAAGACGAAUGUCAUAAAUGGACAGCCAUUUGUAGGAUAUCGAUGGGGAUUGCUAGAGGAUUAGAUUAUCUACAUACGGGAUUUCAAAAACCGAUAAUCCAUGGAAAUCUCAAGUCAAAGAACAUACUCUUGGGUCAAAAUCACCAACCAUUUGUGUCGGAUUUUGGUCUACACACUUUCUUGAAACAAGAUGCAGCUCAAGAAAUGCUCGAAGAAGCUGAUAUUGAAGGGUAUAAAGCACCUGAAUUGAUGCAAAUGGAAGAAACGAAUGAGGCGACUGAUAUUUACAACUUUGGAGUGAUUUUACUGGAAUUACUUACGGGAAAGGAAGCAGUAAACAAGAAAGGAAACCCUAAUCAAGAUUCUUAUUUGGCAACCUCGUUGAGGAUUGCAAUCUUGGAUAACCGGAUAUCAGAUUUGUAUCAUCCUGAUAUUCUCGUUGAUGAAGAUAAUGGUGAUGGAAGUUUGAUGAAUGAAGAACGUGUUCUUGGAUUGUUCACGAUGGCAAUGGAUUGUUGUUCUCCAUCGCCUUCUCUCAGGCCUGAUAUAAAGCAAAUCUGUAAGAAACUUGAAGAAAUUUGACAGCAAUUGGGACUAUCAUGAUCAUGUUUGAAAUAUCCCAGAAUCCUGACAAUUUGAAUAUUCAACAUAUUGGUGUUCCAUGAUACAUAAGAGGAUUGGUUUCUUGAAAUAGUUGGGAUUUGAUAGAGAUGAUUUAUAUGGUCAUAUCUCAGAAGAAUCUUGUGAGAGCAUCAAUGGAAUAGGAUGCCUACAUCCAUGGAGUUGAUGCAAAUAUAAGGGAAAAGACAUCCGUUUAACAAAAACUUACAUUUUUUGUAAUCUUUGGUAUGGAUAAAAAGAAGAUUUGUGUUAUUUGGAGGAUUUGUUGUAAAUUGAAUUGAGCUAACAAAGCUUAAAGUCAGCUAACUGUAACUAGAAAUACGAUUUAAUUUAUAUAAGUUAGGUAUUGAA